CAGGCGGGGCCGGCGGCUGAGGCUGCUGCUGAUCGCGGCUGCGGGCGGGGCCGGCCCGAGUGCUCUGCCUUGGGCGUCGUGUGCUCGCUCGGCCUCACCGCGUAACCCUCCGUGUAAGAAACAGGCCAUUCUUCUGAAGUUUCUACUGAUCCUCAUAUUGUGAUAUUUUUGGAAUUUCUACUGAUUGCUGGAUCACCACAGCUGGAAAAAAAAGUAACAGAAAGUUUGAAGUCAUGUCCACAAAACCAAAACUUUACUACUUUGAUGGAAGAGGCAAGAUGGAAUCAAUUCGUUGGUUGCUGGCUGCAGCUGGGGUCGAGUUUGAAGAAGAGUUUUUGGAAACCCGAGACCAGUAUGAGAAACUCCUGCAAGGUGGAUCCCUGCUAUUUCAGCAGGUGCCCAUGGUGGAGAUGGAUGGGAUGAAGAUGGUGCAGACCAGAGCCAUCCUCAGCUACAUUGCAGCAAAGUACAACCUCUAUGGGAAGGACCUGAAGGAAAGAGCCUUGAUUGAUAUGUAUGUUGGAGGAACUGAUGACCUUAUGGGCUUCAUUUUGAUGUUCCCUUUCUUAUCAGCAGAGGAUAAAGAGAAACAACGUGCUUUAAUAGCUCAAAAGGCAACAAGCAGGUAUUUCCCAGUGUAUGAAAAGGUAUGGAGAAGGAUCAUUUUCUUCCUUGAUUCUGGAGGGAUAACAAUGGGAACACUGGGUGUUUCACCACAACCAGAAGCAGAAGUGCCAGUGCAGUACUUUACACCAGAACAUUCAUACUGUGUGUUGGCUGGAGGGAAAUCAGAGCAGUAUCAGAUACGUUGGGGUGGGUCAACCCAAGAGACUUGCAAUGUAUUUUCUUCCCCAUGUGCAGGUGAGGAAGGGAGCGAUACAGCAGCUUUGAUGGACUUCUGGUACCCAGCCAGGGUCAACCCCACCACAGUAAUUGCAUUGCAAAAGCAGUGCUAAUUGUCUUUGUUUAACAUUUCAAAUACAUCUCAGUUGGGUUUUUGUAAACACAGUAAUACACAGCUAUCACUGCUGACUUUUAGCCAUACUGGAAUCUUGGUGUUUCUCUAACUGAUAAUUUGAGAGAUAGGACCCAAUAGAUACUCUCAAUGGAAAUUAAUAUGCAUGGACAGGAUGAUCUAGCAGGAAUAGUUCCUCUCCAUUUUAAAGACUAAAGGAAAACUGUUUUUCACUUUGCAAGGUCUCCUAUAGGUGGUUGCCAGGGUGCAUUCUGCCCUAUAUUCCACUUGUUGCAUCUUAGCACUAAUGCUUUAGGCCAAUCUCUUUUAUACUAUAUACCUCUUUUAUACUUUCAUAGGCCUCUCUUUUAUACUCUCUAUUUUCCCAUUGAAGCUGUAAAAAUGUAUAGAAAAAAAUCCAGAUAAAUUAGACAUGAAAGAUGUGAAUACCAAGAAGGUAUCUAACCCUAUAGUCUAGUACCCAAGGUUACCUAGAGUUGUAGGAAGAAAGGAUUGGUACGAAGAAGUCUGAGAUUUGGUAUUCUGGAUUUCUGCUGUAAAAUGAUCAGUGACUGCUGGUGUAUGCCCUGUUCCCCCUGUUAGCUGCAUGGGAGAGAAGGAUGAAAAAGAGACAGUAGUGUUGUCAAAGAAGGUGUGCCUGUGAAUUUUGAAAACAUGAACCUCAGCUGGCUAUCCACACCUGAGUGUUUUCAUCUAU